GGAAACUCCCUGAUUGAUACGCAAAAAAAUCAUCUCUCUGAUAAUUGUAAUGCAGAUAAUAUUCAUAUACAAUCUCUAACAUAAGGUGAACAUCAUAAGUUGAUGUAUGAAAUGAGAUCUGGUCAUCAUAUUCUGAAAAACAGAGCUUAACAGAGAUGCCUCAUGAUCAAAAAGAUAAGAAAGUAAGCAAGAUGGUGAAAGUAGUACCUGGAAGGAUGUUGGAUGGUUUGCUUUAAAAACUACGACAAUGUCUGGUGCUGUUUUUGGUGGGACUGCUUUAGCUCUUCCUCUUAUUGGUUUUACUGCUGGUGGUGUUGCUGCAGGUGCUUUGGCUGCUGGAUUAACUGUAGGUACAAGGGCAGCUAUCGUAGCUGGAGGUGUGGUAAUUGCUGGUGCUUCCAUAGCUCUGCGAAAAUUAAGGAAAAAUGAUAAAACUGAUAGCAGACAUACUUCAGAAGAGCCAAGUGAAAAUAAGAAGGAGAAUGACGUGAAUGAGGAAGCUGUGGAAAAUGCAGAGUUGCUAAAAAAAAACUGUAAAGAUCCUGGUCUCAAACCAGGUAGCACAAAUAGCGCAAGAGAAAACAAAAAAUUUCCAAUGAAGCUUGUUUUUAGUUAUAGAAAUGAUGAUCCCAGUAAAUCUUUAGAAUUGAUUAGACCAUCUCCCAUAAAUGAUAAUUAAUUUGAUUUAUUUUGAGAAAA